AUGGAAAUAUUUUAUGUGUGUGAUAACCGUAAUCUCGGAAAUGCUUUCCGCGAAACAGCAUCGAUAUUCGUUCUUAAGAAUCUCUACACAUUAAUGUUAGCAAGCAACACCUCAGAUUAUAUUUUUAGAGCGCUGGUUCUGAAACUCGAAAGUGCUGUUAUGGGCAACAUUAUGUUCAGUGUUUAUUCGACAGCUAUUAUUUAUUUAGCAGGUUUGCUGGUAACGGUUGAAGCGAAUGGAAUGGCGCAAUGCAAUGGACGAGCGUACUUUCGGCAACCGAUUACGUAUGUUUAUUUGAAAGAUAAUGAUAACUGCUUCGGAUUUCGUAAGGGUUGUGAACCGCACAAUCUCAGAACCUAUCCUACACUGCAAAGUUGUGCCGAUGACAAUUUUAAAGAUGAUGAUGAUACGAGAUCGUUCUCGAUGAGUUGUGGGUUGGGUUAUGGUGUUGAGACGGCUAGUGAUGGAUUGCCGGUUAUCACUUUCAAUUGCACGAAACCGGAAAGCUUUUGCUCACCCAGCUCGCUUUGUUAUACGGCUGAUAAGUUCAGUUUUUGCUGUGUCAAAGGCCGAUAUGAUAGUAAGUGA